AUAGUAAGUGAAUACACUUGGCCAUUUUUUAGUGUGACGGUAAAGGCGAGUCAAAGAGUAAUGGUUUGGGAAAUUGUAAUUAGGAAUUUUGGGGGAUUUGGAGGGUUGAGAGUGCACCGAUGAAGUGGAGAUGUACCAGUAGAAUUGAUAUUCUCACUAAUCCUGGAGGAGCUCAGAGAAAAAAAUACACAAACCCGAUCAUGAGAACUACAAAUAGAGAACUAGGUGUUUCAGUUAGAACUCUAUGUGCGAUUGAACAGACAUAUAAACUAGCUCGCAAGAAACGCUAGAAAGAAUAACUUAUUCGGAAAGGAAUCGUUGUGGGAUAGGUGGGGUGGCGAAAAAGGAAUGGUACUGGUCGGAAAUUGGUCGACGGUUGGUCGGGACUGGAGGAAGAUGAUGCUAACGAGAAGGAGAAAGGAAGCGAAAGGAGGGAUGAAGGGGUUUGGUGAAUAGGAGAAAGAGUAAGACAAACAGGGAGAGCUUGGGUGGCCCUGGAGGGAGUUGUGUUUUGGUUGUGGUGAGUGGAGAUUCGAAGCGGGUUUUCUGGUAGGAGAACUGGACGAGACGCGAUGGUCUUCCUUUUCACAAACCACGUCUCUGGAUAUCCUUCUAACAUCAGGAUUCCAGAGAUCUCAGUGAACCAACCACAACAAAAUGACAAAUCAGGAGAACUUUCUCUACAACUAUUUGUAGCUUAAGCUUUAUAUCAGACUCAGCAAAAGAAUUUCCCUAUCUGUCCAUCUAUAUGUAUAAAUCAAAAGUUAAAAGACAAUAAACACAUCAUCAUGGUGAAGCAAAGAUCUAAUGAAUGAUUAGAUCAGUAGUUUUUCCUCCGGGACUUCUUCCUCCUCCAUCUCCACAGUAUUGAGUACGGGUCAGGGCAGACUUGAUACGGAAUUUUUGGCGUUGGAGUUUCAGGAACCAUGCAUUCCACCCCAAAACGUAUACAUUUACAGCACAGUAACCACCAUUUCAUAAAAUUAGUAACGAAAUCGGAUUAAUCACGUACUCUAGUCUGCCUGGGAGAAGUCGAGGCUGUGGUGGCAAGCUGAUGAAGCGUCCGAUGAUGACAAUGGAGGCGAAGAGAAGGCCGCGGUGGGGGAUGUCGCCUCCGCUGAAUGUUGUUCUUAGGGGUGUGGAGAAGACUACCGUUUUCUAUUUGUAUUUAGAAAAUGAAUUAAUAAAAUAAAAAAAUUAUCCUUACUGACGUGGAUGUUGAUGCUGAUGUAGAGAUUCGUUAGAAAAUAAUUAACUAUAAUAGAACGAAAGCUAAUACUAAUACUAUGAUCCGAUAUAAAAAAAAAUGGUUAAGUACAAGCAUUUCAAUAAAUUUGACUAAUAAAUAGUGAAAAUAAUCCAAGUAUACCAGUUCGCAACGGAAAGAAAAAACUGAAAAAGGAUGACUGCCUCUUGAUCUUGCAGGAGGAAAUCGCUAAACGACGGCGCUCUUGUAACUUUGCCUUUGAAUUAACACGCUCGUCUGGCGAUUUAGAAGGCCUGCAAGUUGCAAGUUGCAACUUUAAGCCACGAAUUUAGUAGAGCCGGGGGCCCAUCCAGAGAAGGAUCUAGAAUUUCUGAAUCCUUGACCUUGUUGGUGUUUUGCCCUAGCAAAACCUCCCUGAAGGCUGAAACCCCACUGCACUAUAUAAAUACACUCUUCGCUUCCUCCGCUCAAACCCUCUUUCGCCCCCGCCUCGACUUUUCUCUUUCCUCAAACGCUCUUCCAAAAAGAACAGAUCUACUGCUUCUUCGCUUCAUCAGUCAAGGGUUUAACGAUGGCGGACGUCGAGACAUUCGCCUUCCAGGCCGAAAUCAACCAGCUCCUGAGCUUGAUCAUCAACACCUUCUACAGCAACAAGGAGAUCUUCCUCCGCGAGCUCAUCAGCAACUCGUCCGAUGCUUUGGACAAGAUCAGAUUCGAGAGCCUGACCGACAAGAGUAAGCUCGAUGGACAGCCGGAGUUCUUCAUCAGGCUGAUCCCCGAUAAGGCCAACAACACCCUCACCAUCAUCGACUCCGGCAUCGGCAUGACCAAAGCUGAUUUGGUGAACAAUUUGGGAACGAUUGCGAGGUCUGGAACCAAGGAGUUCAUGGAAGCCUUGCAGGCUGGUGCUGAUGUUAGCAUGAUUGGCCAGUUCGGUGUUGGGUUCUACUCUGCUUACCUUGUCUCCGAGAAGGUCAUCGUGACCACCAAGCACAACGAUGACGAGCAGUAUGUGUGGGAGUCACAGGCUGGUGGUUCCUUCACCGUUAUAAGGGACACAACCGGGGAGCAACUCGGCAGAGGCACCAAGAUGGUCCUCCACCUUAAGGAAGACCAGCUGGAAUACCUCGAGGAGAGGAGGAUCAAGGAUCUUGUGAAGAAGCACUCUGAGUUCAUCAGCUACCCGAUCUACCUCUGGACCGAGAAAACCACCGAGAAGGAAAUCAGUGAUGAUGAAGAUGAAGAGGAGCCCAAAAAGGACGGCGAAGUUGAGGAAGUUGAUGAAGAGAAAGAGACUGAAUCCAAGAAGAAGAAGAAGAUCAAGGAAGUCUCUCACGAGUGGGAACUCAUCAACAAGCAGAAACCCAUCUGGCUCCGCAAGCCAGAAGACAUCACCAAGGAAGAGUAUGCUUCCUUCUACAAGAGCCUGACCAAUGACUGGGAAGACCAUCUGGCUGUGAAGCACUUCUCCGUUGAGGGCCAGCUUGAGUUCAAGGCUGUCCUGUUUGUCCCCAAGCGCGCUCCAUUUGACCUCUUUGACAACAAGAAGAAGGCCAACAACAUCAAGCUCUAUGUCAGGCGAGUGUUCAUCAUGGACAACUGUGAUGAGCUCAUCCCAGAGUUCCUCUCCUUUGUGAAAGGUGUUGUUGAUUCUGAUGACCUGCCGCUCAACAUCUCUCGUGAGAUGCUCCAGCAGAACAAGAUCCUGAAGGUCAUCCGGAAGAACCUUGUCAAGAAGUGCAUUGAGAUGUUCAAUGAGAUUGCCGAGAACAAGGAGGACUACAACAAGUUCUACGAGUCCUUCUCCAAGAACUUGAAGCUUGGAAUCCAUGAGGACAGCACCAACCGCUCCAAGCUUGCUGACCUUUUGAGGUAUCACUCCACCAAGAGUGGUGAGGAGUUGACCAGCUUGAAGGACUAUGUGACCAGGAUGAAGGAAGGUCAGACUGACAUCUUCUACAUUACUGGUGAGAGCAAGAAGGCUGUUGAGAACUCUCCUUUCUUGGAGAGGCUGAAGAAGAAGGGAUAUGAAGUCCUGUACAUGGUUGACGCCAUUGAUGAGUAUGCCAUCGGGCAGCUGAAGGAGUAUGAUGGAAAGAAGCUGGUCUCUGCAACAAAGGAAGGUUUGAAGCUUGAUGAUGAAACUGAGGAAGAGAAGCAGAAGAAGGAAGAGAAGAAGAAGUCCUUUGAGGAGCUCUGCAAGACAAUCAAGGACAUCUUGGGUGACAAGGUCGAGAAGGUGAUUGUCUCCGACAGGAUUGUCGACUCCCCUUGCUGUUUGGUGACUGGCGAGUAUGGGUGGAGCGCCAACAUGGAGAGGAUCAUGAAGGCUCAAGCUUUGAGGGACAGCAGCAUGGGCUCCUACAUGUCUAGUAAGAAGACCAUGGAGAUCAACCCUGACAACGGGAUCAUGGACGAGCUAAGGAAGAGAGCUGAUGCUGAUAAGAACGACAAGUCUGUCAAGGAUCUUGUGCUGCUUCUGUUCGAUACCGCAUUGCUGAACUCUGGGUUCAGUCUGGAGGAUCCCAACACCUUUGCAACCAGGAUUCACAGGAUGUUGAAGCUUGGUCUGAGCAUUGAUGAGGACGACCUGGCCGGUGGCGAUGAGUCGGAGAUGCCUCCACUUGAGGAUGAUGCUGCUGAGGAGAGCAAGAUGGAGGAAGUCGACUAAGUUUUAUCUUUAGUUUUAGAACUGUGACGCUCUUUAGUUUUCUGUCUAUUGGUUUUCUCUGCAGACUUGUUCGCUACCCUUUUGUGGCUAUUUUUGUUUUCGUGCUGGUACUCGGUCCUAAACUACUGUCAUUUUCUGUUUUAACCAUGCGGAGAUUAUCUUAUCUUGAGUUGUUAGCCAAAGGGUUUUCGUUUCCCAACUCUUUUUAUCUUGUUCAUUGCAAUUGAUGUUGCCAUUCAUCCGCUUGUCACGGUAAGCUAUUAGUUACAGCAUACACAUUGGAGAAUUUUAACUGGAAUUUCCUGUGGAGGAAAGCUGCGUGGUAUGUUAGAACUGAAUAACCAAAGGUUGACACUUGACAGCUGUAAAAUUUCUUACACUAUGUUUGGGAAGGGGUGCAAAUGGAAGGGGGUGCAAGUUUGGAGGGGUAAACACAAGUUCCAAAGUGUUUACCCCCGUUUGGUUAUUUUGUAACAGUAGGAGGGUGCAAAACGUGAGCGUAAAUUCACUGUUUCGGCUAACCCCCCAAAUUGGGGUGCAAGGAAAGGAAGAAAGGGAGGGGGAAGGAGGAGGAGGGGAAUUAUGAAUUUUUAAUUAGAUUAUAAUUACAUAAUAAUUAAUAUUAUUAAUUUUUUCUUAUAUCUAUAUUAGUGUAGAAGUUGUUUGGGGUUGACCGUUUGACUAAGAGAGCAAGUUUGUCAAUGUUCGCCUCGUCAAAUCGAUAUCUCUUAGUUGACCCGAAUUUGCAUUGAAAAUUAGAGAUAAGAAGCAUUUGUUGAAAAGAUAGAGAGGAACAGUUUAGUUAACUCGAUUUACUUUAAUAAGUAGUUAAAACUUACAGAUUCGAACGUGUUUGACUAAGUUUGACCAUAUUCAAUUUAAAGUUAGGCACGAGAACCCCCUUAGGAUGACCAGUUACGAGUUGGAUUUCGAGUUUCGAGGUUGCUCGACCAAUGAUUAUUAUUGUUGUUAUAAAUAAUUAUAUUUGAGCAUUAUUAUAUAAUAAUUAUUUUUAUUAAAAUUAUUUUUAUUUA